ACUCUUUUGCACGACUGUGACGGCCUCGGUGGAACUAUUGGAAUGUGCCCUCAUUAAAACAGUGUCAGGCUGAUAAACCUUGUGUUUCGAGCUGUCUCUGUGUUCCGCGGGAAGACUAAUUGAGGUCGUCAGUGAGCGCCAUGGGAGGAGAAUGUAAGAAACAGUGAUCGGAGGGAGGAGUAACAGCAACAGAGCAGUCUCGACUAAACAGGUUGCCAAGAAGACGCCAAAAAAGCAGCUCCUUGGCUCUGCGUGUUCACUUUUAUCCUUUUCAUUUGGCUUGUUUUUCACUGGCGCUCAUCUAACUGGAACGGAAGCGAAAGCAGCCACCGGAGAGUGUGACCUUAUUUCCUUUAUUUCUCACCGUGCCAAGCAAAGUUUCUAGAGUUCAUCGCCAUGUCUGCUCCUGGUUACCCAGGCUCUCCCAACCAGGCACCCUACCCCAUGCCUCAGCCUGGGGGCCAUUCUGUAGCCCCUUAUCCAGUCCCCCAAGGAGGCUAUGGAGACCCUAAUCAGGCUCCACCACCAGGCUUCAACAUGGGCUACAAUGCAGGUCAGCCUCCUGUCAUGUAUCAGCCAGGAUCAGUGGGCCCUGGUCCAGUUCAUGGGCAGGAGUAUGGUGGCCCACCAGGAGGAAUCUCCCCAGCCCCAGUCGGUGGUUCACCUGCAGUUCCUGUUGGGGUUCCACCGGGGCUCGAGUACCUCACACAGAUCGACCAGAUCCUGAUCCAUCAAAAAGUUGAACUCCUGGAAGCAUUCAUUGGUUUUGAGACUAACAACCAGUAUGAGAUCAAGAACAGUCUGGGCCAAAAGAUCUACAAGGCCAAAGAGAAGAAUGACUGCUGCACCAGGAACUGCUGCGGCUCUCUGCGCAGCUUUGACAUGAAGAUCAAGGACAACAUGGACAGGGAGGUUAUCCGUCUGAUACGGCCUUUCCGCUGCGUUUCCUGCUGGUGUCCCUGUUGCCUGCAAGAGAUGGAAGUCCAGGCACCGCCAGGAACCACAGUAGGGUAUGUCAAACAAGACUGGCACCCUUUCCUGCCCCGAUUUUCCAUCCAGGGACCAAACAAAGAGACCCUGAUGAAACUGGAGGGGCCCUGCUUUGCCUGCAACUGCUGUGGAGACGUCAACUUUGAGCUGAAGGGAAAAGAUAGCGACAAAGUCAUUGGUCGCAUCAGCAAGCAGUGGAGCGGCCUUCUGAAAGAGGUCUUCACCGACACAGACAACUUUGGCAUCCAGUUCCCGCUGGACUUGGACGUGAAGAUGAAAGCUGUGCUCAUGGGAGCCUGCUUCCUUAUUGAUUUUAUGUUCUUCGAGAAGGUUGGGGAGGCCAAUCAGCGCAGCACCGUGUUUUCAUAACGGAGGAAAAAGGAGGUUGAAAGAACACUCUUGUCCUGUUAUGCAUCGUCUGUGCUAUGUUUUUCCACUUGUUUUUGGUGUCAGCCCAGAAUCAGCUUAUACACACACACACACACACACACACACACACACACACACACACACACACACAGUGUAAUAUGACCCAAAAAACUGAUGAAUUUUAUGAAAGUUUGGUGACUGAUUCUAGCUGCCAAGUUGCCAGUGUUUUUUACAUUCCAUACAGUCUAUAGAUGUUUCUCUAUUUUUUUUUAGCUGAAUGAGUAUACCUCCAAAUGAGACUUAUUCCCUUCCAAAGAAAGUCAACAAUAUGAUGAAUGUCUUUUUAUGGCCUUAGAAACCAGCAAGUACACACAUACUUGUGAAUGUGCUUUAUGCUAUGCUGGUAUUUCAAAUUUAUCCUGUAUGUUUUUCUAUUAUUGUUAUGCUCAUGCUUUAGGAAGAACGCCAGUAAAUCCAGUAUAAGUGCAAUUUUAUUGUUGUCGUUGUAACAGCUAUAUCCGUUCCCUUGUUGUUGUUUUUUUUUUUGUUUUCUUUUUUUUUUAAAGCAUCCACCUUACGGCACUAUCAGACAACCACUAUGGUCUUGACAGAUUGUCUUCAGAGUUUGUAUAGCCAUCCAUUGUCCAUACUGACUUUUGUGUUCCCUUCUUAUCUGUAAAUUUUUCCAGUACUUUUAACCACAUGCCCGUAAAACUGAUAGUACUCCCUUAAUUAGAAAACGUUAGCAUGUACACACACUAAACUUAGUUUACAUUGACAUGAUAAACAAUACAUCUGCAUGUUAUUGUUGUAAAUAUAUUAGCAUGCUGCCAUUUAUCCUAAAGCCCUAUUGUACCCUAAUGUAGCCAACAAGAGCUGCUCACAUAACUGCAGAGCUUUAAUGUUUUUUAUAAUUUAUUAAAAUAAAAAAAUGCAUAGAGCGUUAUAGACGUAUAAGCCACAGUAAACAGGCUGUUGCUAUUUUGUUUGUCAAAGGAAGUUGUGGUCGUGGUGGUGUGAGGACUAGGAGGUCGUGAUCGGAAGAGUUGACUCAUGCUGACAGUAUUUACCAAAGUGCUCUUUCUCUAUCCCCCCAUGGCCUUUCCUCCCUCAUGGACAUAACCCAACUGCUGCACUGGCUUCUAUGUAAAUGCCUCCUUGGUGGUUUAGUGUUUGCCAUGGACACUGGUGCCACAGCAGCAUUUUCCUCUCCAGUUUCUCCAGAUACCUCUGUGCUAAACAUGUGCCAGUCUAAGUAUAGCUGACUUCAGCGUGGCUGAAAUAAAAACUACCAGUGAACGGUUUAAGAAUAAUUAACCUAAUGUAGUUAUAAUUGCAGGAGGAGAACUGAGUGUGAACUUUGUAUGAACUUUCAUGUUGUUUUCAGCUCAUUUGAAAAAACUGUUCUUUAGAAUGCCUUAAUAAGUUCAGGUUAAUGUUUGAAAUGGAGCCUUUUGCUGUUUAACACGGGUCUCUAUUCUCUAUUCAAUAGUCAUUCAUCUUUCUAUUGCCAAUAUACAAUGGGUGUGUCUCCUGUGGGGCUUGGUUUUCAUUAUUGCCUUUGAAUCCAUCUCUAUUACACAGUCAGAAGUUAAAUAUGUCUCAUUGCCUGUGCAUAUAUGCAAUGACCAGUAAUCCGACAUCUGAUUAGGAAAUAGCCAAACAAUUUAAAGUGCAUUUAUUGCCGUUAUUUGUUCACUUACAGUUUGAUAUUAAUGUUGUAUUAGUGCAGCUGGCAGAAGCUAUAGCAUCACUUUACUGUGUUUUUUAUAUCAACACUGUUUUGCACCUUUUUUCCUGUCUGGUGAUUGUUCAUUUUCUACAGAACCAAAAACAAGUUAUGAUUUGAAAUAAAACAAAUGCUGUUGUCGAA